UUAUGCAUCUCUAAAGAAGUUUUGCUUCUACUUUGCAGAAAACUAUGUCAAUGAGCUCAGGAAAAAAGUUGAUUUUAUUUGUUUUUUGAGGUAGCUUUUCUCAUGAUAAAGAGAUUGCUCGGUUUGAAUUUAUUGUAGUAUCGAUUGAAAUUAGUUCUUCAGCUUUAAUGGCAACGCUGCAGAUGCAAGCAAACGUGCAGCACGAAAGCCCCUUCCCAAGGUGGUAUACUACUUGGGACCUUAAUUCAGAUGCUAAUGGCACUGUGUGUCCCUCGGAUAAUGUUAAUAGAAUUUCGAGGAUUAGGCAGUACACUGAUGUUACUUUGCUACUGUCUUUGGGUUCGAAUAUGUUUUACAACAAGGGUUUACUAAAGCAGACAAUGCUCAAGCAUGAAGCAGAAUUCAGGGAUCAGAUUCGUGAACUCCACCGGCUUUACAGGAAACAGAAGGAAUUAAUGGAUGAAAUGAAAACAAUUGACUUUUUUAAACAUGGUUGCAAUGUCGAGAUGUUCCAACCGAAUCAUGUUUUACGUCCGAAGUCAUCUAAUCAUGUACGAGUGCCACAACAGACAGGCAGUGUUUUUCCUGAAAUUUCAGAAGCCGAAGGUAGUGGUUUUCCUUCCCAUUCAUAUGAUGGAAGUAAAGAGGAGGCAGGCCUUGAUCCAACUCAUACAGAAAGUUCUUCAAGGGCCUAUGUUCUCACGGAGUCGAAUUGCAAAAAGCUCGGCAGAAGGUUCUUGGAUCUUGAACUGCCAGCUGAUGGGUACUUUGACAGUGAAGAGGAUGGAUUUCAAGAAGUGACAUUGGAUCCUGCAGUGACUAAUAUACCUAGCAAUGCUCUAAAGAAAAUCAAUGUUGGAGAUAGGGGAGAUAAUGAACUACCCCAUAGCGGCAUCGUUUGCACCUCUAUUUUCCCUAAAGAAAACUUUGUUACUUGUUCCGCUUCUUCGAAGUUAAAAGUUAUUGCUGACUUAAAUGCUCCUGUCGAACUUGAGGAAGAUAUUAUUCCAGAGUUCAGUUCCCGUCAAAAAUUACUCCACAUUGAGCACAAAAUGCAAAGAGAAUGUGUACCUUCUAAUGAUAAAGCUGGGCAAGAUGGAAAUGAUUUGAAUGCUUUCCCUCGAGAUCUUUAUACUCGAAAACUAUCAAUCCAGCAUAUUAACAAUGAGCGAGCUCAAGAUUGUGCGAUACUUCAUGGCUUCAACGAGACUGAUGCAAAGCUAUGCAUCGGAAAUUUCUGGCACGUCACAAGUGAUGUCUCUUCUAGUUACUAUGAACCCACUUCUGGAUCACCCUGGAGAUGUGCCUUCAAGCGGAGCCCUAUUGCAGUUCAAGCACUUCCAUGUUUUAAGGGGGAAAGUCCUAAAUCAUUUAUCAUAAGCCCUGAACUCGAUUUUGUCUCACCGAAUUUCCCCACGAAUGUGACUGGUUCGCAAGAUGCUUCUCAUACACCUGGUGAAAAUACAGUUCAAAAUCCAACUGGUUGUACUCCUCGGAUUGCUGAAAUUCCUGUACCUGACAACAGAUCUGGUGAAAUGAGAGACCCGUUGAUUCCACCAGAUUCUGCCGUUGGUUCCCUGUGUGUUCAUGAUGCUGAGUUGGAAAAAAUGGAGGCAACCGACCCCCUAGAGUUCGAGAGUAUGCUUGGAAUAGAAGGCAACAAAGUCAAAGAAAUAAAUAGAAUACCAAAUAUCAACAUGGAAUUCAAUCCCAUGCCUGAAAGAGAAAAAGAAGCUCAAAUCGAGUCGGUGGCAGAAAGUGAAGCUUGGAGCAAGUAUCAAGGUUGUAGAAUAAUCGACCUGAAUUCUUGCUUAUCAAUGGAUGAAUCACUGCUAUUGCCUUCACACUCCACAAAAGUAGAUUUGGAGCCACCUGUAAGUCUGGAAAACAAGGAGUGUUUGCCACCUAGAGGCAAAUCCAAUGAAAACCAGCUCGAAACAACUUUGUUAUUUUCGGGACAAGAAGAUACGGAUCUGCAAGCUGAACUAGCCCGAAAUGCUGCGGAGGCUUUAGUUUGCAUUUCAUCAUCUCAGAUACAGACUUGUUUAGAAAAAAUCAACUGCCAACUGUUUCGAGCUUCUACUUCACUCUAUUGGUUUGCAAGGGUGGCUUCUUCAGUGUCGGAUGAUCCAGGGAGUGAACUUGGAGUUAACAUAGGUGUUAAGGAUUAUGGUGAUCAAGAGGAGUAUCAAUCAGAUGGAAUAGAUUACUUUGAGGCCAUGACAUUGAACCUAACAGAGAUAAAUGCCGAAGAGACUUGGUGUGCAAGCAAUGUCCAAAAAGAACCAGAAUCAAGUGCAAUUCAUUCGGCAAUCCAGUCAAACAGGGGACGAAAGAGGAGAGGAAGACAUCAGGAGGCCUUUCAAAGUGAACUUCUUCCAAGCCAUUGCUUCUCAAGGUACAAGGUCGCCAAGGAUCUUCAUUUGAUAGGAGGGUUAGUGAAAGCCGGCGAUGCUCAUCAUGAAAGUAGUUCUUCGAGAAAUGCAGGUAAAAGCGGAUGCAGAAAAGGCAGGCGACGGUAUAAUCUCAUUACUUCCAGAGAAAUGGACAGUACCACGAAUACAAUGCUGAAGCGGCAGUCCGGUAAUGGCAAAUUCGGUAUCCGCAUCAAAGGCUAAUAGAGUGAGGCAAGAUAACGAGAAGACCUCGGGGUCCAAGAUGUCCGUCGACUAAUCAUUGGCUUAUAUUAAGCCAAAUAUAGAAACAGCAAUUUCAAAGACUUUUCCAGAUUAGCUAACAGUUAUAUUGUACAAGGAGAAUUGAAAUCCAUUUUGAACUAUCAAUGGGGUUUGGUGAAUGAUGGGGAUGUUAAU